AAGUACUAUUGCCGACAACUUUAUACCAUUUUGUGCCGAUAACUACGUGUGUGCAUAGGUUAAGAUAAUUAAAACGUACAUAAUUUCAAUAAAUACUUACAUACAUGAGAAACAUGGAAGAAAAUACGAACAGUGAAUUAAAAUUUGAGAAGGAGAUCCUUGCACCAUAUACCUAUCUACUUCAAAUAAAAGGAAAGAAGGUACGAGUGAAGAUAGCUGACGCCUUCAACCACUGGCUGAAGUUGAGCGAUGAAAAGCUUCGCGAGAUUGUUGAUACAGUGGACAUGGUUCAUAUUGCGUCCCUGCUGUUCGACGAUAUUCAAGACAGCACGAAGCUGAGAAGGGGCAUACCGGCAGCACAUCGUGUGUAUGGAAUACCGCUCACACUUAACACAUCGAUGCAUGUGCUGUUCUUGGUGAUGAAGAGACUUGUGGAGUUACACCCUGAGGCAGCAGAUAUAUAUGCGACAGAAUUCCUGGAUGCACUGCGCGGCCAAGGUGCAGAUUUGUAUUGGCGGGAAAACUUCCGGUGUCCCACUGUUCAGGAGUAUAACAAAAUGGCCCAACAGAAAACUGGACGCAUGUUCACACUGGGCUUGCGUCUGUGCCAGCUGUUCAGUGAUUAUAAAGCUGAUUUGUGCCCAUUGGCUCUUCAGCUCGGCCUCUACUUCCAGAUCAGAGAUGACUACUGCAACCUGAAGCAGCAAGAGGCUCUUGAAGAAUGGCCGAGUGAAGAUGACAAACAGGCAGUAACGGAGGACUCCUACUGUGAGGACCUGACAGAGGGCAAGUUUAGUUUGUCGAUCAUACACGCGAUGGGCACGCCAGAGGGAGAAGAGGUCUUGAAUAUUCUGCGACAAAGAACUGAAGACAUCGAGCUGAAGAAGUACUGCGUGGCUCUGUUGGAGAAGUCGGGCAGUCUGGCGUAUGUGCGUAGUGUUCUGGAGGACCUUAACAGAACUACUAGAGCUGAGGUGGCUCGUCUCGGUGGGAAUCCGCAAAUGGAGGCAGUGCUAGACGAGAUGGAGUCUUGGAAAGAUUGAUGCCAAGCGUUAUUUAUUGGGUUAUUGCUCUGAGGUCCGAAGAGUAGGUCUUUACCAGAAGUAUAUAUAUUUUAUAAUGUUUAAUCUUAACACACAAAUAAAAUAUUUAUGAAAUAAC